GUAAAGGGGUGAACAGGAAGAAUGCAACCACUUGUGAGGCAGCACACAGAUAGUCACGGGCUUUGUCUUAGUCACAAGCUUCCGUCGCGAGACUUUAAAGCCCGCCCGGCAGGUUGCAUAUUUGUUCGGUUUAGGUAGGUGGGGCGGCAGAACUUGAUUGGACGACGAAGGAUUAUGGAAACGAUAUAAUCCCGCAGCACUAAUCAGCAAUCCCGUGGCGGGGUUCCAGGCUCUGAGAGUCUUACAUACAAACGAUAUUUUCUCGUCUUCAGUUCGGUCAGCGCAGUACAUACAAGCGUACCGCAUAGUGACAUCCCGGAGCCCGUGAUUGCCGACCCUAGUUUCCAACCUCCCCCCUCCCCCCCGUAGAUCAGCUUCGCAUCCUGCUUUGUGCUACGCAUAAGUCUGAUAUCGGAACCGUUUAGUCCUUUUAGGCGUCACUGUAGCUCUGACCAAUGGAUUUCAACGUAACCUCGAGAAAACGAGCAGCACCGUCGGCGGCGCAGGGUCCCGGCGCGAUCGGCGCCGACGGUCGCAGCGUAGGAGCUUCAGGAUGGAAAGCCGCCGCAGGAAGCGGCGGGGUUUCCGGCUGCCAGCUGUCGAUGUACGACGAGCCGCCGGUGGGGGAGGAAGUAGCCAUGGAGCAAUUCGAGGAGUUCGCUCUGGAUCGACUCCGGGUGCUCAAGGCGAUCGACGAUGCCAAGGCGCGCGGAACAAAGCCGGACGAACUCGACAGCAUGGUGUCUGACAUUUGGCGGAGGCACAUGCGAGCUGGAUGCUCACUGGCCGACGCUCGUCGCAAGGACGUCAUUUCGCACUACAUCCUGCGACUCGCCUACUGUCGCACGGAGGAGCUGCGGCGAUGGCUGCUGGCGCAAGAGUCAGCUCUGUUCCGCCACCGAUUUCGAGCAGAGGCGCCCGAAAACCAAAGGUGGUUCUUGGAGAGCAAUGGCCUUCCCUAUCGUGCUAUAGGCGCAUCAGAGAUGACAGCAGUACGAGAGAAGCUCACCCAAGUGGCCAGGUCACUCAACCAGCCUGUUCCAAGUGUCGACAGCAUAUUCUACAAGGUUCCAUUUGAGGAGGUUCCUGAUCUGGUGGGCUCUCGCAGGGUGUAUCUGGAGAAGGGCUUUGCCUUUGUGCCUAGAGACCAGCUAGCAGCCAUAGUGGUGGGUCAGUUCCGAUCCAAGCUAUCCAAGGCACUGGUGGCUACCAACAGGAAGUGGCUUGCUCACAUACAGGAAGAUGAGAAAGAGCGGUUGACACCGGUGAUUGAGGCACUCAGCACACGCUAUCUGGGUCCAGACUUCUCCCAGCCUGGCGAGACUGCUGAGGUGUCGCUCCGUGAUUUGGACGUUGUUGCGCGGCAGUCCUUCCCCCUCUGCAUGCGCCAUCUCUUCUUCAAGUUGAGAGAGGAACAUCACCUGCGCCACGGCGGGAGAAUGCAGCUCGGGCUCUUUCUGAAGGGCAUCGGGCUGCGAUUAGAGGAUGCUCUCACCUUCUGGCGCUCCGAGUUUUCUAAAAAGGUGGGAGUGGAACGAUUUGACAAGGAGUAUGCGUACUCCAUCCGGCAUAACUACGGCAAGGAGGGCAAGCGCACGGACUACACCCCUUUUUCCUGCGUGAAGGUCAUCAUGGGCACUCCAGGAGUGGGGGACCACCAUGGGUGCCCCUUCAAACACUUCAGCGAGGAGAACUUGAGGGCUGCCGUUUCUCGCAUGGGGGUGUCGUCCGGAGCGGCAAUGGAUGAGAUCAUGCAAAAGACACGUCAGCAACAUUACCAGAUUUCCUGUGCCUUGACGUUUGAGGCGUCCCAAGGAGCACCAUGCCCCUCAGGGAUUACACAUCCGAACCAGUACUUCAUGCUCAGCAGACAAAUUAUCGACGGACGAACGCAGCCAUCUGGCCCACAAGGACAGCAGCAAAGGCAACCAGAAGCACGUGACAAUCGGCCAAGUGAAAGGCCUGGUGUUGCUAGUAACAAUGGUGAUGAACGAGAAGGGACCACGGGCCAUACUUCAACGCAAGCUGGCAGAGGGGACGCGAGACCACAGCUAGUUAUUGGAGAGAUGGAUGUACACACGUGAAGGUAGGACCAGUUUGGGUUGCUAAUGAAGGUUCUGAAAUACAAUGUGAAGUCAAUUUAGAAGCGUAUACAAGAGCUGCCUCAGGUUACAGCGAGUUUCUCUAUCACUGCCAUCAGAUCGCGUUCUGAAGUUCAAACUUCGGU